AUGUCCUCCACCAGCUCCGCCAAGGGCCGUGCCGCAGCCUCCCUGCACCCAGGGACCCCGCCAGGCCGCCUGCCUCCCCCACCGCCCCCGACGGCCGAGGGGCCCCAGGCAGCGCCGGAUGCCCCCAGGGCCCGGAAUCCGCACUUACUGAUCCCCGACGGCAUCCUCCUCCGCUCCUUACCGCCGCUCAGCAACCCCGCCACGCGACUCCAGACUCCGGUAGCCCAGGACCAGAACCGGCCGGAAGCUGGCGCCGGGCUUGCUGGCCGGGCUGGGGCGGUCCCGGGACUCGGGGCCUGCGGGGCCCCGUCCCUGCGCGCUCCCGCUGCGGGCAGCUCUCGCCAAGCUCUCACCAAACCGCAUCUAAGGCAAGACGCUGCCGCGCAAGCACGGAGUAGGCGGAGGCGUGGAGACGAGCGCUUGGAUGUGCAGCUUGUGGUGAAACCUGGAGACGAGCCGCGCGCGGGUCUGCGAUUCCGAGUUGCAGGUGUCGGCCGCGGGAGCGCGCAGGGCAGGACGAGAGCCGAGCCCGAGCCCCCGAAGCGCCCCCAGCAGGUUCCGCCCGCCCCGCGCCGCCUGCCGGCCGGCCCACAACCCCAACCUGGCGCGUUUGGUUCUCAGCGCGGCUGUGCUGCCGGGCCGGAGAGUCCCGGCGAGCGGGCCCUGAGGAGCCAGCGAGUAUGCCGUCCGAGAUCAGUGGCGACCCGGGGCCUUGGGGUCACCGCCGGUUUAGGCGCCGCGUCCCAGCACAGCGGAGCCCAGGCCCUUGAGGAGCCUGGCCGGGAUCGCAGAGCAGGAAGGGUGCAUUUCACUGUCUCCUUCAAAGUGGCGGCAGCCCCUCCGGAGAAAGUGUUCGCCGGCUUCCCCCGGGUGGAGGGAGGUGUCUCCAAACUCGUUGGCGCCGACCCUAAGGACAGCAGUGUGCUGCACCCCAGUGGAAAGAGCGACCUUCUCAGGAACAUGCCCACCCUACAGAUAGUGGACAAUGAGACUGGAACGGGUCACAAACUGUGGAGAACUAAGUUCAUUGUGUUGCAGGGCUCAGUGGCUGUUGAGGAUGUGGCUGUGGACUUCACCCAGGAAGAGUGGGCGCUGCUGGAUCUUUCUCAAAGGAAGCUCUACAGAGAUGUGAUGAUGGACACCUUCAGAAACCUGGCCUCAGUAGACCUCACUAGACGUAUGAGAAGUCACAGUGGAGAGAGGCCUUAUGAAUGUAAGGAAUGUGGCAAAACCUUUCAGCAUUCCUCGUGCCUCAUCAGACAUAUGAGAAGUCACAAUGGAGAGAGGCCUUAUGAAUGUAAGGAAUGUGGCAAAGCCUUUAGUCGGUCCUCAUACCUCACUACACACAUAAGAAUUCACAGUGGAGAGAGGCCUUAUAAAUGCCGGGAAUGUGGCAAAGCUUUUAGUCAGUCUUCAAGCCUCACUGCACAUGUAAAUAUUCACAGUGGAGAGAGGGCUUAUGAAUGUAACCAGUGUGGGAAAGCCUUCAGUCAGUCUUCCUACCUCAGUAAACAUAGGAGAACUCACAGUGGAGAGAGGCCUUAUGGAUGUAAGGAAUGUGGCAAAGCUUUUAAUCGAUCAUCACACCUCACUAGACAUAUGAGAACUCACAGUGGAGAGAGGCCUUAUGAAUGUAAGGAAUGUGGCAAAGCCUUUAGUUGGUCUUCAGUCCUCACUAUACAUAUGAGAACUCACAGUGGAGAGCGGCCUUACGAAUGCAGGAAAUGUGGGAAGGCUUUUAGUCAGUCCUCAAGCCUCACUGCACAUGUAAAUAUUCACAGUGGAGAGAGGCCUUACGAAUGUAAACAGUGUGGGAAAGCCUUCAGUCAGUCCUCAUACCUCAGUAAACACAAGAGAACUCACAGCGGAGACAGGCCUUAUGAGUGUAAAGAGUGUGGCAAAGCUUUUAAUAGAUCAUCGCACCUCACUAGACACGUGAGAACGCACAGUGGAGAGAGGCCUUAUGUAUGUAACGAGUGUGGCAAAACUUUCAGUCAGCCUUCACACCUUACUAAACAUACAAGGAUUCUGAGUGGAAAGAGUCCUUAUCAGUGUAAGGAAUGUGGCAAAGUCUUUGGUCAUGCUUCAAGCCUUACUAGCCACAUGAAAACUCAUAGUAGAGAGAGUCCUUAA